CCUCUUCCUUUUCGGUCUGUAAACAGAGUUAUCUCAUCUCUCAACUGCCUCCGUCUCGCUUUAGAAGAAUUUCCCCAGAAUGUGCGUCGACCCUUAUUGACAGAAAUGAGCGUAAAACAAACAAUUUCUAUCGUUUCCUCUCGAUUCGGCCCUUUAUUUGACAUGAUGAUGAUGAGUAAGUGGAGAUCUUUGAGUUAGCCUGGAGGCUAGCAUGCUAAUUAGCCUGUAAAGGGGGCAAACAAGCAGCUGCCUGCAGCAAACUCCGCUGCUUUAAAGUGUUCUCACGGGGUUUUCUGCGUGAACAAGAAUGGAAGGAGUGCUUUACAAAUGGACAAACUAUAUGACAGGAUGGCAGCCAAGGUGGUUUGUGUUGGACAACGGCAUUAUUUCAUACUUUGAUUCUCAAGAUGACGUAUGCAAAGGCAGCAAAGGCAGUAUUAAGAUGUCAGUAUGUGAAAUUAAAGUUCAUCCGACUGACAUCACGCGACUGGAGCUGAUCAUACCAGGCGAGCAGCAUUUUUAUGUGAAGGCUGUAAAUGCGGCGGAGAGACAGAAGUGGCUGGUGGCUCUUGGGAGCUCGAAAGCUGGACUCAUUGACACUAGAACCAAAAAAGAGAGGGAAUUAACAGAAACCACAGAGUCACUGAAAACCAAGAUGUCUGAGCUGCGUUUGUACUGUGACUUACUGAUGCAGCAGGUGCACACUAUUCAGGAGUCAGUGCAACAGGAAGAGGAGAGUACGGUGGCCAGCACUGAGAAGAGGAACGAGGCGUCCUCAUUACUGAGCGCCACCUGUGAAACCUUCAUCAAAACACUGGAAGAAUGUAUGAAAAUUGCCAAUUCCAAGUUCACGACUGACAUGUUGCAAUCCGGCCCCUCUGAUUCGAUCAUGUCCUCUGUGUCGCCCUCUCCCGUCCAGAUGUCCAGGAUGAAGCGCUCGAUCAGCCAUCCUGGCACAUACAAUUUUGAAAGGUCGAACUUACCAAAAGAGUGCGUGGCAUUGCAGAAGACAGCCCAAAGACGCACGCGGACAUGCUCCGAUACAGAGGCUCACAGUGACAGAGGGGCCGAAGAGAUGGAGCGCUUGAUGUUUCACAGAGCCAACAUCAAUGGUGACUCCACUCCAAGUAUCCCUGAGGAGGUUGGAAUGAGCACAAAGUUUCAGUCGGAAACUGACACUCCGGAAUCUGACCUUUCCCUCUGAUCCAUACACCAGAGCUUAUUAGAUGGGGGGAAAAAGGAUGGUGCGUACUGCUGUGCAGUUAAAGAUUGCAGCAUUAUAUAGUCCCAUUUUACAACGCGUUGUUGCAUUUCCUGAUGAAGAAUUUGGUUGCACUUUAUAAGAGAUGACAGAAAAACAUUAGUCGGAUUUGAAUGUUUAUACUCUUCCAGGUAUUUGAAAAUAUUUGUUAGCAUUGAUGCUACUAUGUUUUUUGUGAUAAUUAUUGCUGUGUAUCCCUUCAGUGAAGAGUUGAGAAUGUUUGUACUGGGUUUUUGACGUGUUGUGCAGUUGCCUUUGUUAAAUGGGAACCUUGAUAAAAAGGUUUUUGGUACUGUGCCAAGCGGUGGUGCGUGCGUGCUGACAUUAAUUUUGUUUUUUUUAUUCACUCGGCAUGCAAUGUUGUUCAUUAGUUUGAUGCAAAAUACAUUUAUUUAUUUUUGUAUGUUACUAGAGUCCCCCCACCACCCCCCUAAAGAACUGUUUUUGCCUUAAUUCUUCGCAUGGAGAAAUUUGAUCUAUUAGUUAUUGUGCUGUUUAGAAAAAAAAUAUUUAAAAAAACGUUAUAGCAAGAUAGAGAUACUUAUUUCUUUAUCUCAUAAAAUAAUAAUGCAAAAGAAACAUUUUCACAUAUACACUUUUCUUUUUUUAUUCAAGACAAAAACAGAUUGGUGUUGAUAAAUCACAUAAAAUAUUUUAAAUAAUUUCCAGGAAAAUAUUGAAUAAUAUGCUGAAAUGAAUGAAAUCAAUUAAAUAGUCAUGUAAAGGUCUACAAUUCAUAAACUUUUUUGUAGUUAUGCUCUGCUCUAAAGUAUUUAAUUGGCUAGAAAUGGCUCUUUCUGGGUGAAAUCUCUAUAAAUUGAUUUUUAAAAAUCUUUAUCCAGAAAUUCAAACAACUGACGUGACUUAAAAUGUGUGUAAUUAGUGCUUAUGUGUUACAUUUAGUGGGGUUCAAAAGUCCACAUUGAGCCACUUUGAUGAGCUGUGGUACAAAAUCGAAUAUAAAUCUGGAAAUCGACAACAUUUUAGGAUUUUAAAAUAAGAAAAUAAAUAAAUGUUGUGACGUAAAAUUAUUAUGAAAUUUUUUAAAUUCUGCACUAUUUAUAGGUGGCUAAUCAAAUAAGCAAAUUUGUGACAUGAACCAUAUUAGAGGUAGACCGAUAUAUCGGUAUAUUUUACAGAUUAAUUGUGCCAAUAGUUGCUUUUUUGAACUAUUAUCGGCAAAAUUCUACGGUGAUAGUCUUUCCAUCAUUUCAAAGUAAGAAUCCCUUGUGUGUUUCAGGCUUGUUUAUGCUGAAAAGUCCCACGUUAUGCACCAAAUCAUCAUUUUUUCUGGUUAUUAUUGGGAUUUUGGUUGAACAAUAAACUGCAUCUGGGAUUUUA